AUGCUGUCUCUGGGCGAGUCCCUGCUGUGCCCCUCCCAGGCAGCCCAAAGUCUUUCUUCUCUUUGGCCCAGAGCUUGGCAAGUCUUCCUGCCACUGUACCCAGGUUUCUGUGGCCUAUUUUGUCCCAUAUGUCUUGAAUGUGACAUUGCCAGGCAUUAUGGAGAGUGUCUUUGCUGGCCAUUGUUACCUGGGUCCACCUUUGCACUGAGAAUUGGCACCAGGGAGAGACAUAAAAUACAGGGAACUUUGUGCGAGGACUGGCUGGUGGUGCACUGCUGUUGGCCUUUUUCCAUCUGUCAGGUGGCCCGGGAGCUCAAGAUGAGGACCUCCCAACUCUAUGAAAUCUGUGCAGUCCCUUCGACUCAGAACACCCUUAUCUGACAGAGCAGGGCGAUGUCCCCUCUUGGCUCCCCCACCCUCUUCUCAAA